AUGGAUGAAACAUCAGUGAUGGGACUAGGAGAUGGUAACCAAAGUAGCAGCAGCUUUGAGAGCUCUCAAGCCAGAGAUGUGAGUCUGACAGACUGUUUUGUAAGUCUCUGGCUCCCCACUGCCUCCCACGAGAAGCCGAGAACAAGGACUAUCUCCAACUGUCGCAACCCAGAGUGGAAUGAAACCUUCAACUUUCGGAUCCAGAGCCAGGUUAAGAAUGUGCUUGAACUAAAUGUCUGUGAUGAGGACUCACUUACCCCAGAUGAUCACCUCUUGACCAUCCUCUAUGAUCUCAGCAAGCUCUGCUUCCGAAAGAGGACCCAUGUGAAAUUUCCACUCAACCCUGAGGGCAUGGAAGAACUAGAAGUGGAAUUCUUACUGGAGGAGAGUCCCACUCCACCUGAAAGCCUCCUCACCAAUGGCGUACUAGUGUCUAGACAAUUUUCCUGCUUGGAAGUCCAUGUGGAGCAUAAAAAACAGAAGAAGAAUCAAAAAAAGAAACAGUUCACUGUGACAGUGAAUGAAUCCUAUGAAAACACCCAGUGCAUCUCACCCUGCUACAACUCCAGCAACAAGUGUCCAGAUCUUGCCUUCUUCCACUACACCAAAAACUUUCAGCCUCAAAUGCAUGUGGAAGUGCCCAGGAACCGGUUUUCCUGCUGCUGUGGUGCCCAUAAAGGAAACCAUUCUGUCUGUGUGUCCCUGGACUGCGUCCCAGAUGAACAAGAGUUGACAGUACCUAUGAAUGAAAACUGUGAUUUACAUAUGACAGCCAAAGACUGCCCUGAUGAGUUGAAUGUGAGGCUGGGUUACAGUCUCUGUUCAGAGGAACAGGAGUUCCUGCAGAAGCGGAAGGUGAUCGUAGCAGAAGCCCUGAAGCAGGUGUUGCAACUGGAAGAGGAUCUACAAGGCGAUGAGGUGCCACAGGUGGCAAUCAUGGCCACAGGGGGUGGCCUGAGAUCUAUGACCUCCAUGUAUGGACACCUGUUGGGACUUCAGAAGAUGAACAUCCUGAACUGUACCAGCUACAUCACAGGACUGUCAGGUGCUACUUGGACCAUGUCCAACUUAUACAAAGAUGCUGACUGGUCCUCCAAAAACCUGGAGAAGGCCAUCCAGGAGGCUCGAAGACACGCUGUCAAAAACAAGAUCCCUUCGCUUUAUCCCGAAGAACUCAGUUACUACCAGCAGGAACUGAAGCAAAGGAGUCAAGAAGGUUACAAAGUUACCUUCACAGACCUGUGGGGUUUGUUGAUCGAGUCCUUUUUGGGGGAUGAGAGAUACGAAGGGAAGUUGUCAUGGCAGAAAGAGGCUGUGUGUCGGGGUCAGAAUCCCCUCCCAAUCUACCUCACCAUCAAUGUGAAGGAUGAUGUAAGCAACCAGGAUUUCAGAGAAUGGGUGGAGUUCACGCCCUAUGAAGUGGGAUUCCAGAAAUACGGAGCCUUUGUCCCCACGGAAUAUUUUGGCUCUGAGUUCUACAUGGGACGAUUGAUGAAGAGGAUCCCAGAGUCUCGGCUAUGCUACUUGCUAGGUCUGUGGAGCAGCAUCUUCUCCCUGAACAUGCUUGAUGCCUGGAAUCUAUCCCACAAUUCAGAGGAAUUUUUCCACAGGUGGACAAGAGAAAAAAUGCAUGAUAUUGAAGAUGAGCCUUUAUUGCCUGAAAUCCCCAAGUGUGAUGCAAACGUCUUGGAGACAACAGUGGUGACACCAGCGACAAAGCUAUCCAAUACCCUACGGGAUAUCCUCACCUACCGAGCCUUUGUAUCUCAGUUCCACAACUUCCUCCAGGGAUUGCAGCUUCACACAGACUACCUGCAAAAUAGCCAGUUCUCUACCUGGAGAGGUGAUGCCUUGGACUGUUUCCCAAACCCGUCUGACGCAGUCUGUGAAACUAUCUGCCUGCUGGAUACUGGCAUUCUUCGUCACUCCAGUUACCCACCUCUAAGACCGGAGAGGAAAGCUGAUAUCAUCAUACAUCUCAAUUAUUGUGCAGGUUCCCAGAUAAAGCCCCUAAAACAGACUUGUGAGUAUUGCCAAGUGCAGAAUAUUCCCUUCCCCAAAUAUGACGUGAAAGAAGAAAAGGAGGAGGACCUAAAGGAGUGUUACCUGUUGGCACCUGAUGAUGAUGACCCAGAUGCCCCAGUGGUGCUUUUCUUUCCACUCAUAAAUGGUUCUUUCAAAAAGUAUAAAGCCCCAGGUGUGGAACGUAGCCCCGAUGAGAUGGAAGAUGGAAAUGUUGAUAUCUACAGCCACAAUACUCCCUAUGCCACUAAAGAGAUAACUUACACAGAGUCUGCUUUUGAUCGGAUGGUGAACCUCUCUGAGUACAACAUCCUGAAUAAUGCUGACAUGAUCCUUCAGGGCUUACGCCUAGCCCUGGAAAGGAAGAAGCGGUUAAAGAAAAUGUGCUCAUCAUAAACAUGGUGACCCUCACAGACAUUGUUUCUGUCUCUUCCACCAUUGCAUCAGAGUCCAAUGCCAACUGAUUAGUUGGUAGAUGAUGCCCUUUCUCACUGAGAAAAGGACACAGUGAACCUGACUUGCAUAUGUAUCUGCUAUGUAUACUAGGGAGAGGGAAAGAUGGGAAGGAAGAGGAGAGGCAGAAAAUAAUAAAUGAGAGGGACAUUGGGUUUUCAUACCCAGGAUGAAACUAUUGGAGUUUUCCUUAGUUUAAAAAAAUAUUUUAAACCCUCUUUCUGAAUAACUCGCUGAAAUGAAGAACCAUUUCCACAGGCUCAAGCAUGCCAUUAUCUGAGAAGACCAAGGCUGUGACAGGAGGGAAAACCCAGAACCAGAGCUUGCUUUAACUGAGAGGAAACUUGAUAUGUAGGAAAAACAAAAGAUUAAUAGAAUCAGAAGAUCUGGGCUCAAAUCCUAGUUUUAUCACUUAUUUGUGCCACCAUGGGUUAACCUCUCUAGCUGUAAAAUGAAAACGGGACUAAAAGGUCAUUCCUCCUCUAUAAAGUACAGAUAAUGACUUCAGCUUCUUCUCUUUCGCUCAUCUGCAUGGAUGUCCCACGGCAAAAGUGUGGGGGGGUCUAUAAAGCAGUUUUAAAUUUCUCCAGAAAAAAAUUUAAAUUUGUAUUAUUAUGGUCAUUUUUAUCGGUCAGGAUAAUGACGAUGUGUGUACAAUGAAGACAUCUUGGCAUCUCCAAUGACGUAGCCAAGCAGGUGACCAGAUUUUAGUUCACUACUGACCACUCAGAAUUAUAAUGGACUCUUGAUUACAUGAAAUGUUGUUUUAUCAAGUACUCAAGGGUUCCUGGAAUUCACGUCUUAGCAAAUGCUAGUCAAAGUUCAAGACAUGUUUGGAUUGCUGAUUAUUCGGGAAUAGCACUGCUCAGGGAUAUAGCUUAGAAACUAUGGUAAAGACCCCUUCCCUCCCCCAAGAACAGUUAGGACAAGGCUGUAAGCUGUGAGAGCCUUGCAGUAGAGAAUUCUGAGCCAAGUUCAUGGAAUGCCAUUGACUUCACAGAACGGGUGUUCUUGGGAUCCAGAGGCUAAGGUUAACUGAAAGUAUAUUCUUAGAACACUUGACUUUGGCUUGUCCUCCAAUUCUACCUCUCUCUUUCCCAUUCACCAUCAGGUCGUGAUUACUACUGUUUAUCAUGUAAACAUAAUCUGCUUAAAUUAUUGAAGAAUGAGCCAAAUUAUGGGGCCUUUAUUUGUUGAAGGUGAAAACAACAGAAUCCUCAAUUACCUUGAAGCUUAUAUAAUGAGAUUUAUAUACAUAUUGUAUCAUAUGAGAG